UGUUGAGUGCAAGCGUAUGGAAGUUUAGAGCUGACAUCGGAUCCAGCCUGCCUGAGUCUAGUGGACAGAUCAUAGACCCUAUGUGGCAUUAUGCGUGUGUGCGCGUGCUAGUCCAGCUGCGCAAAGGCUUCCAACUGAGGUGAAUGUGAUUUGGGAUUCAAUGAAUUUCUCACUGGAAACCCGUGAUGAGGUGGAUCCUGCCUUGGAUUUUAACGGUAGCCAGUAUCUAUCAGACCCUUUCACAAAACCUCAGCACCAAUCAAGUGGUGACCUCAGUGGAGUUGUAUAACCGCACGCAGUACUGCAAAUGGCCCUGCAAGUGCCCCAAAAUGCCCCCGACCUGCCCCCUGGGGGUUAGCCUGGUGAUGGAUGGCUGCGACUGCUGCAAAGCCUGCGCCAAACAGGUGGGAGAGACCUGCAACGAGAGGGACACCUGCGACUUCCACAAGGGGCUGUACUGUGACUACAGUGCAGACAAGCCUAGGUACGAAAAAGGAGUAUGUGCAUAUAUGAUUGGCACUGGCUGUGAGUAUGAUGGUGUCAUCUACCGCAAUGGCCAGAGCUUCCAGCCCAGCUGCAAGUACACCUGCCUCUGUGUGAACGGGGCUAUCGGCUGUGUGUCGUUGUGCUCCAGCCAGCCGCCCCCCCGCGUCUGGUGCCAGGCGCCGCGCCGCGUCACCAUCCCAGGGCAGUGCUGCGACACGUGGGUCUGCGACGACGCCCAGAGGGCCCGCAAGACCUCCCCCAGACAUGUGGCCGAGAUGCGUUCCCAGACCAUUGAGCAGCACCGGAACUGCAUCAGUCAGACUACGCCGUGGAGCCCCUGCUCAAAGACGUGCGGCCGCGGCCUGUCCACACGCAUCUCCAACGCCAACGCCAAGUGUGAGAUGGAGAAGGAGAGCCGCUUGUGCACCAUCCGCCCCUGUGAGGUGGACAUCACCAAACACAUCAAGGAAGGGAAAAAGUGUCUGAAUAUCUACAGAGAGCCACACCACCAGAACCUCACUCUCUCAGGCUGUGUCAGCACUAAGGCUUACUGGCCCAAGUACUGUGGAGUUUGCAUUGCUACUGAUGACCGCUGCUGCAUCCCGUACAAGUCCAAGACCAUUGAGGUGGACUUCCGUUGUCCCAAUGGAGCUGUGUUGUCCUGGAAGAUGAUGUGGAUUAAUGCCUGCUUUUGCAACCUCAGCUGCAGGAAUCCUAACGACAUCUUUGCCGACCUGGACCAGUUCUAUGAUCACAACGAGAUUAUGAACUGAUGUCAACACAGAAGAGUUUUCUACUCAUGUGAUGUCAGCAGCGUUCUGUGAAAAGACAGUGGAUAUGAGUGAAAAACAAAGCAGAGAGCAAAUGAGGAUGUUCUAUCCCGAUUCCUUGAUGUUUUUCUCCCUUUAAAAACUCUUCAUUCACCUAAUUCAAACAAAGCCAUUGUUUGUCUUAAUCUUUUUAAGUAUAUAUUUUUGGGGCUUUUUGCCUUUGUUAUGACAGGACAGUGAAGAGACUGACAGGAAGCGAGUGAGAGAGAGACGGGGUAGGAUCGGGAGAUGACCCGUGUCGGACUUGAACUCGGGUCCUGUAUGGGUCACCAGUUACGCCACAGCGCCCUCCAGUGCUCUUACUCUUAGAGAGGCUGGAGUGACUUGAACACCAUGAACCAAAUCUUCACAUCUUUCAGUCUACUGUGGACGCAAUAACAUUGCAACUAUUAUAAACAGCUUCAGAUCAAGUACCUCUUUCAUGGAUGUUUAACUUACAGAUGAUAUAUAUAUAUAUAUAUAUAUAUAUAUAUAUAUGAUAUAUAUUGUUAUAUCAUUUCUUUUUUAGAAUGGUGUUGAGCCAUGGACUUUCAAAUAAAUCUUUCUAUCAGCACAGUAUGGACUGAGAAGUCAUGCCGUGGAGAGGUUCGCCUAAGGGGCACUUUUAUGUUAUAUGUAAUUCAGGUGCCUAUUAAAUAACUCCGAGUCAGGUUACUGUAAAGCUUCUUGGUUCCUCAAACCCUGUUUCCUUGUUAGAAGCCCAAACAGGGCCUGGACAUUAUUGUAUUUUAAGCUACAAUAAUAACAUUGUAUGUUUUUAUUGUGUGACUUGAUGUUCUUGUGGGUCCAUCUAAUGCAUGCCAGAGCAGAUCUGAUCUGAUGAUAAAAAACAAGUA